UGCAAGCCAAAAAAAAAAAAAAACCCUCGAUCGGCGCGGCGGCGAUGGCGACGGCGACGGCGGAGAGGGAGCGGAUCAAGGGUCCGUGGAGUCCGGAGGAAGACGAAUCGCUGCGGAGAUUGGUGGAGAGGCACGGACCGAGGAACUGGUCGCUGAUUAGCAAGGCGAUCCCCGGCCGGUCGGGGAAGUCCUGCCGGCUCCGGUGGUGCAACCAGCUGUCGCCGGAGGUGGAGCACCGCGCGUUCACGGCGGAGGAAGAUGAGACGAUCGUCCAGGCGCACGCCAGGCUGGGGAACAAAUGGGCGACAAUCGCGCGGCUUCUGUCUGGACGGACGGAUAACGCAGUUAAGAACCACUGGAACUCAACGCUCAAGCGCAAGUGCCUCUCCAUGUCUGAGGAGUUUAAGAACUUCGAUCCGGACGCGCCGCCGCAGCCGCCGCUGAAACGAUCGGCCAGCGUCGGCCCCGGCGGUGGCGCGGAGUACGCUUCCGUUUCAGGGUUUUAUUUGAAUCCGGGCAGCCCGACCGGAUCGGAUAUGAGCGAUUCGAGUCAUUCGGGUCAUCUUCUCUACCGGUCCAUGCCCAUUUCCAGAACCGGUUCGCUUUCAACUCCCGGUUUACAAACCGAGCCGGUUACGUCGCUCAGCCUUUCUCUUCCCGGGUCCGGAUCGGACCUAAUCCCUAAUAACCCAGACCCGGGUAAGAAAUUCGAACCGCCGGAGCGUGGGCAUCAGGCAAACCCUAAUUAUCAUCUUCCUCCGGCGCCGGCGCCGCAGCCGCAGCUGUUUUCUGGCGGCACGGUUGCGGAGAAUCAGGAGUUUUUCAAGCCGGAAUUUCUGGCGGUGAUGCUGGAGAUGGUGAGGGAAGAGGUGAAGAAGGAGGUGAGGAAUUAUUUGAUGGAGGAGAAUGAUCAAAUCGGGCAGGAGAGGGAAGAAGCGAUAAGGAAUGCAGUGGUGAAGAGGAUGGGGAUAAGCAAGAUCGAUUGAUAAUCGAUCAUCAUAUUGACUUCACUGCUUGCUUAAAUUGUUGAUGACGAUGACGAUGGUGAUGAAUUGAUGAUGGGAAAAUGAAUUUUGAUUUACAGACCUCAAUGGCAGCCAUGAAAGGAGACACCUUUUUGACGAUCAUUGGUGGAUAUUAUCAUCGAAUAUUCAUAUCCCCUUAGAGUUGAAAUUUGCAGAUUUUUCGAUGUGACAGUGUACAGGGGAGGGGAGAUGGGGAUAUGAUUUUGGGAAUUAUGAUUUGUGUUUGGAGAAAAAAAAAAAAACAAGACAUUUUUAAAUCAAUUAGGAUUUUCCUUUU